GCAGGCCGCGCAGGCGCGGUGAGUUGGUGCCGGUCAGUCCCGAAGGCUGAGGGGCCGCGGCUGGGUGGAGCGGUGUCCAGAGGGGUCGCCGAGCAGGUCUGUGGCGAGGCGGGGUCCGGCGGCCGGCACCAUGUCUAGGCAGGCGAACCGUGGCACCGAGAGCAAGAAAAUGAGCUCUGAACUUUUCACCCUUACCUAUGGGGCCCUGGUCACCCAGCUAUGCAAGGACUAUGAAAAUGAUGAAGAUGUGAAUAAACAGCUGGAUAAAAUGGGCUAUAACAUUGGAGUCCGACUGAUAGAAGAUUUCUUGGCACGGUCAAAUGUUGGAAGGUGCCACGACUUUCGGGAAACUGCAGACGUCAUCGCCAAGGUGGCGUUCAAGAUGUACUUGGGCAUCACUCCAAGCAUCACCAAUUGGAGCCCAGCUGGUGACGAAUUCUCCCUCAUUUUGGAAAAUAAUCCCUUGGUGGACUUUGUGGAACUUCCCGAUAACCACUCAUCCCUUAUUUAUUCCAAUCUCUUGUGUGGGGUGUUACGGGGAGCCUUGGAAAUGGUCCAGAUGGCUGUGGAGGCCAAGUUUGUCCAGGACACCCUGAAAGGAGACGGUGUGACAGAAAUCCGGAUGAGGUUCAUCAGGCGGAUUGAGGACAAUCUCCCAGCUGGAGAGGAGUGACCAUCCCCAGGACUUCAGGGUAGCUAGCAGGAAGGAGCACUUGUUGGAAUCAGAAGCCUCAGCUCCCUCUGCCCUCUAGAACUCAGUGACUCUUUUAACAUGGUUGUUACAUAUUUUUCUGUUUCCAUUCUCCAUGCUAAUAAAGAGCAGACUGCAAUCUAGUCCAUUUACCCCACAAGUGUGUACAUUCAGGAGGGAAACUCUUUGCUCCCUCUCCCUUCAGAGGGGUUGGAUGCAGUCAUCUCUGGUUGGACUAGAAAGAGCUCAACUGUUUUACAUUCCUGUUUGAAUUUUCCAAAGCAAAACCCGUUUGAUCCCAUUAAAGAGGCAAGCCUACCCCACAUCUAUUCCUGGGCCUUCAGAAAGCCAUUGGUAAAUGGCUGUAGGGAAUCCAGGGUUGUGGGACGGGGGAGGAGAGGCUGAUAGGGAUGGACAGGAAUUACUAGUCAUGGUGUGACACACUCUAUUGCUUGCCAGGAAAGGGGAGCCAUGCUGGAAACACUGACUUCUGGGAAGCCACCCAGGUCUCAUUCCUCCCUGCUGUUUGGAGGCAACAUCUCCUCUUUUUACAGAGGGUCCAUCCUUUUUUCUUACAAAUUCUUCAAUAAAGACACAUUCUUGAGUGAAAUCCUAA